CGACGUAAGACAUUGGUGACUAAAUUGUAUUUCGCAUGGAAAAUGAUGCACAUGCAACGAAUAAUGUAAAAAAAUAGUGCAAACUAGUGUCAUACGGGUUACAAAAAUUGCCGCCGCCGCUUUAGCAUAUGAAUUUAGUUAGCGUGCAAGUUGUUUACAUCACAACGUAAACUUAGCGCACAAGUGGCCACGGCUGUCGUUCUUGUUAGCAAAAUAAGAAGGCUUAACGAAAAUGUCUUCUUCGGCCAUAUUUGUGCUGGACGUGAAGGGAAAGGUGCUGAUAUCGCGCAACUAUCGCGGCGACAACAUCGACAUGGCAGUGAUAGAUAAAUUCAUGCCACUGCUGAUGGAGCGCGAGGAAGAGGGCUUAAUCACGCCCAUUUUGCAGACGGCAGAGACAACGUUUGCGUAUAUAAAGACGAACAACCUCUAUAUUGUAUCCACCACGCCGCGCAACAAGAAUGUCAACAUAGCCCUGGUCUUUGUCUUUCUGCACAAAAUCGCACAGGUGUUCAUAGAGUAUUUCAAAGAGCUGGAGGAGGAGUCCAUACGCGACAAUUUCGUCAUAAUAUACGAGCUGCUCGACGAGCUAAUUGACUUCGGGUAUCCCCAAACAACAGACUCGAAGAUAUUGCAGGAGUACAUAACGCAGGAGGGUCACAAGCUGGAGCUUCAGCCGCGCAUACCAGUGGCUGUGACAAAUGCCGUAUCCUGGCGCUCCGAAGGUAUUAAGUAUAGAAAGAAUGAGGUGUUCCUGGACGUCAUUGAGUCUGUCAAUCUGCUGGCCAAUGCUAAUGGCAAUGUGCUGCGCAGCGAAAUUGUGGGCGCAAUCAAAAUGCGUGUCUAUUUGUCGGGCAUGCCGGAGCUGCGUUUGGGCCUCAACGAUAAAGUGCUCUUCGAAAGCACUGGACGCGGAAAAUCAAAGUCUGUCGAGCUCGAGGAUGUUAAGUUCCAUCAGUGUGUGCGUUUGUCUCGUUUUGAGAACGAUCGCACGAUAUCGUUUAUACCACCAGAUGGAGAGUUCGAAUUGAUGUCCUAUCGCCUCAAUACACAUGUUAAACCUUUAAUUUGGAUCGAGUCGGUCAUUGAGCGUCAUGCGCAUUCGCGCGUCGAAUACAUGAUCAAGGCAAAAUCUCAAUUCAAGCGUCGUUCGACGGCCAACAAUGUGGAAAUCGUUAUACCUGUGCCACCGGAUGCAGACUCACCAAAAUUCAAAACAACCAUCGGCAGUUGCAAAUAUGCACCGGAGCAGAACGCCAUAAUUUGGACAGUUAAAUCAUUUCCUGGUGGCAAGGAGUAUUUAAUGCGCGCCCACUUUGGCCUGCCCAGUGUGGAGAGCGAGGACAAUACGGAGGGCAAGCCACCCAUACAAGUGCGCUUCGAAAUACCAUACUUUACUACAUCGGGCAUACAAGUGCGUUACCUUAAGAUCAUCGAGAAGAGCGGCUAUCAGGCAUUGCCUUGGGUCCGCUACAUCACGCAAAACGGCGACUAUCAGCUCCGCACCAACUGAGUCAAACUCGGCGCCCAUGUCGUUAAGCAUUCCAUGCUUUCAAGCAACUUUUUAACAGCUGCCAACACAGCGGACGCCUCGUUCAUCCUUGUUUACGCCUAGGUAUUAACAUAUGUAUGUAUGUAGGAGUGGUAUAUUUAGAUAGCUUCACAUUGCGUGCCCGAUACAUAUAUUCACACCAACACCUUAUUAAGUAUGAGUACAUCAUUAAAGUCAAAGUAUAAUUAUUGUAUUGUUUGCGUAUAUGUAUGUAUAUUAUAUGUAAAUCAAACUAAUAAAUUUUAACACCUUUUU